ACCAGGAGCCUCCAGCCAUCUCCAACCCUUUUAACUGAGGAGUCUUCCCUCGUACUGCCUGAGGAGACAGAGACAUGGCGACAGACCCUGCGGCAGAGCUGCCUUUCUUCUACGGCAGUAUCAGUCGUUUGGAGGCUGAGGAGCACCUGAAGCUGGCAGGCAUGGCCGACGGGCUGUUUCUGCUGCGCCAGUGUUUGCGGAGCCUGGGCGGCUACGUGGUCUCCCUGGUGUGGAACGUGGACUUCCACCACUACUCUGUGGAGAAACAGCUCAACAGCACCUACUGUAUUGCAGGUGGAAAGCCCCACUGUGGUCCAGCGGAGCUCUGUGAGUUUUACAGUAAGGAUUCAGAUGGCCUGGUGUGCACCCUGAGGAAGCCCUGUCUGCGCUCCCCAGACAACCCCAUCAGAGCAGGCGUCUUUGAUAACCUGAGGGACAACAUGCUGAGGGAGUAUGUACGACAGACCUGGAACCUGGAGGGGGAGGCCAUGGAGCAGGCUAUCAUCAGCCAGGCUCCACAGCUGGAGAAGCUGAUCGCCACCACCGCCCAUGAGAGGAUGCCCUGGUACCACAGCAAGAUACCUCGUCAGGAAGGGGAGAGGCGGCUCUACUCCGGGGCACAGCCAGAUGGAAAGUUCCUAGUCAGAGACAGGGAAGAGUCUGGCACCUUUGCCCUUUCUUUGAUGUACGGAAAAACGGCCUACCAUUACCAGAUCCUACAUGACAAAUCAGGGAAGUACUCCAUGCCAGAGGGAACCAAAUUUGACACUGUGUGGCAGCUGGUUGAGUAUCUGAAGAUGAAACCUGAUGGGCUAGUGACAGUUCUGAGGGAACCGUGUGUGAACCGCAACAACACCAAACAGACUCCUGUUGUGCCCUCGGGGAGGCGGCCCAGAACAAAUGGAUACACACCGCCACCUGGAGUACCUCUGGGGGGCUCCAAGGAAAUCAAGACUUCACCCCCCACAGACCGUCAGAUGCUGCCCAUGGACUGCAGUGAAUUUGUCAACCCUUACCAUGACCCCAAUGACCUGAAGAAGUUCUUCAUCAAUAGGGAUCAGCUGAUGAUUGACGAGGUGGAGCUCGGCUCGGGAAACUUUGGCUGUGUCAAGAAAGGAGUCUUCAAGACAAAUAAGGGCCACACUGAUGUGGCCAUCAAGGUGCUGAAGAGUGAGAAUGAGAAGCUGGUGAAAGAUGAGAUGAUGAGGGAGGCGGAGAUCAUGCACCAGCUGAGUAACCCUUACAUCGUCCGCAUGCUGGGGCUCUGCCAGGCUGAGUGCCUGAUGCUGGUGAUGGAGAUGGCUUCUGCUGGGCCACUCAACAAGUUCCUCUUCACCAAUAAGGAUAAGGUCACAGUGGAGAACAUUGUGGGGCUGAUGCACCAGGUGUCUAUGGGAAUGAAGUACCUGGAGGAGAAGAACUUUGUGCACAGAGACCUGGCAGCUCGCAACGUCCUUCUGGUCAACCAACAGUUUGCCAAGAUCAGUGACUUUGGUCUGUCCAAGGCUUUGGGUGCUGAUGACAACUAUUACAAGGCACGCACAGCAGGAAAAUGGCCGCUGAAGUGGUAUGCUCCAGAAUGCAUGAACUUCCACAAGUUCUCCAGCAAGAGUGAUGUCUGGAGCUUUGGUGUCACCAUGUGGGAAGCCUUUUCUUACGGAGGAAAACCAUACAAGAAAAUGAAAGGUCCGGAGGUGAUCAGUUUCAUUGCCAGUGGGAGCCGGAUGGAAUGUCCGUCUGGAUGUCCAGAUAGAAUGUAUGCACUGAUGAAGGACUGCUGGACAUACAAACACGAGGACCGGCCAGGCUUUGUGAAGGUGGAGGAGCGCAUGCGAGUCUUUUAUUACUCCAUAUCCAACAAAACUCCACCUGAGGUGACCGCAGACGCUGCUGAGCCUCUCAAGUAGACCAGGGACAACAGACGCUCGGUCCCCCCGCCAUACAAUGCAUUCUUUGAGAUAGACAAAGAGCUUCUUAUGAACUAGUCUGGGCACUAGCUGACAGCUUCAGCAACAGGCAGCUACAGUAAACAGCUAAACAAGCCUUAUGACACAAAUGUGAGUUUGGAAUUAAAGUCAUUCUUGUGAGGAUGCUCCUCUUCUGAAAGGUAGCUCAAGACUGCAUAACCUGAGGUUUGGAAUAGUUUGAAAGAAACGCUUCACAAAGAAUUGGGCAUUGUAAAAUUGCAUUUUGAAAGUGUAAUGAUUCCUUGAGAGUACUUAU